AUGGGUAAGAAUAAAGAUCGAAAGAAAAAAGGUGCUGCUGUACAAAAAACAGCAACUAAAGCUAAAAAGAAAACUGAAAAAGAACUACAAAAACAAAUUGAACAAUUAGGAGAAGAAAAUAUUGAACAAUUAAUUACAAAACAUGCUGGAAAAGAUAAUGCAAUCGAAGCAGUUGUGAUUGAAGAACCAACUCAAAAUCCACCUUCAAGAAGGGCAAAUGUUUCAUUUACUGAACAUCCACUUAAAGAUGAACUUAUAUUAUUUGGAGGAGAAUUUUUUGAUGGACGUACAACGAUAUUAUUUAAUGAUUUAUAUAUAUAUGAUAUAAAAAAACAACAUUGGAAACGGGUACAAACUCCUCAGCCACCUCCACCACGUUCAAGCCAUCAAGCAGUGAGUGUACCAAUGCGUGAUGGUGAAUUAUGGAUGUUUGGUGGUGAAUAUACAUCACCAUCACAAUCACAAUUUUAUCAUUAUAAUGAUUUAUAUGUUCUUCAUUUGUCAACAUUACGAUGGGAAAAACAAGUAACGGAUUCAAAUGGACCAUCAGGACGUAGUGGUCAUCGAAUGGCGACAACUAAACGAAAAUUAUUUUUAUUCGGAGGUUUUCAAGAUUAUAUAACAACAUUUCGAUAUUUCAAUGAUCUAUAUUCUUUCUGUCUUGAUACAUUUCAAUGGACACAAUUAAAACCUAUGGGUCAACUUCCAACUCCUCGUUCAGCUGCUCCUAUUGUUACUUCACAAGAUGGAUCAACGUUAUUUAUUAUUGGUGGUUAUAGUAAAGAAACCGAUGAUAAAGGUGUUGUACAUACAGAUGUUUUUGCUCUUACUCAAGAUGAAACAUCGUGGCAAUGUCGUCAAGUUAAAGUAAGUGGUAACAAACCUGAUUUACGUUGUGGAAGUAGUCUUCAAUGUUAUUUAAAUACAUGUUUUUUAUUUGGUGGUGUUACUGAUAAUGAUAUUGAAGGUGUUAGUAAUACAGCAAGUGCUUUUCUUAAAACAACAAAAUUUGAUGCAACAAGAAUGCGUUCAGCUUUUUAUAAUGAUCUUCAUCGAUUUGAUUUAAAUAAACUGAAAUGGUAUCCAAUUGAUAUUAAAUCUGUAGAAAGUAUACCGUCAUCAAGAAUGAAUGCUGCUAUGGUUAUUAAACAAGGAAUACUUUAUCUUUAUGGUGGUUUAAGAGAACUUGAUGAAAAAAAACAAUAUACACUAGGUGAUUUUUAUAGUCUUAAUUUGAACAAACUUGAUACAUGGAUAUGUCUUCAUGGUGAAAAUCAACAGAGUGAUGUUCAUAUUUAUUCAGAAUCAUCAUCUGAUGAUGAUGAUGAUGAUGAUGUUAAUAUGGAAAAUAAUGAUGAUGACGAUGAUGGUUCUUCAUCAUUAUCGGAUGAUUCGGAAGAUGAAUCUAUUGAAAUCGAAGCACCAGAUUCAAUACCAAAUGAAACACAUGAUGAAUAUUAUAAUCGCACUCGUGAAUUUUGGUUAAGUAAAGCACGAAAAGAAUUAAAAAUUACCGAUUCAACAGAUGAAUCCGUACGUGUUCAACAUUUAGCUAAACAAAUAUCGAAACUUUUCUUACAAUCUUAA